AUGGCCGCCACCCGUGUCUUCGCUUCCCGUCUGGCCACCCAGAUGGCCACCAAGGCUGCUCGCCCUGCUAUCCGCGCUCCCGUCGCUGCCGCCUCUAAGCGCACCAUCUCUGGCUCUGCCAGCCCUCUCCAGACCCUCAAGCGCCAGCAGGCCACCACCCUGCUCCAGGCCACGACCCGAAAUGCCUUCCAGGUCCAGCGCCGCGCCUACUCUUCUGAGAUCGCUCAGGCCAUGGUCGAGGUCUCCAAGAACAUCGGCAUGGGCUCUGCUGCCAUCGGUCUGACUGGUGCCGGUAUCGGUAUCGGUCUCGUCUUCGCUGCCCUCCUGCACGCCGUUGCCCGCAACCCUGCCCUCCGUGGCCAGCUCUUCUCUUACGCCAUUCUGGGCUUUGCCUUCGUCGAGGCCAUCGGUCUCUUCGACCUCAUGGUUGCCCUCAUGGCCAAGUUCACCUAA